GGAGGCGGACUCAGACGGGCAGAGGCAGAAGAGGCUCAUUGCAGUACAGAAGUCACUCCAGUCUUUCAGUCAGAGCAACCAGAGAGACCAAGAUGCAUUGCCUUAGAGAUGAGGACGCUCUCAUCCCGUCACCUCGUGGAAGUUUACCAAAAGUUUGUGGCGCAUUGGUGGCUGCCAUAGCAACCGGGGGACUCCUGCUUCUGUCUCCUGGUAGGCUAAUUCACCUGGUAGCUUUAGCAACACUCAUAGUGACUCUUGGGCCCCUGCUGCAUGGACUCUAUCUGCUGCUUGAGGAGCUGCUGCACCAUUCAAACACAAGGUACCGAGGUCGGUCGCUGCUCGGCCACGUCCUGCCAGCCUGUGGAUUGGGGCCCAAGACUCUGCUGGCGGCAGCAAUGGCCGCCCUCCUGCUGUACCUCACCAGGCACUCUCUGAUGCACAAAGGCCAAAGCUGGGAGCUUGUUGUUCUGGUCCCUGUGCUUUACGCGCUCUUCAAAUGCCUGGGAGUCCUGGGUCCGUCGGAGGUGGAGGUGUCGGACAUCUGCGAGGAGAGGAAGAUGAACGUGGCGCACGGCCUGGCCUGGUCCUUCUACCUCGGUUACCUGCAGUUGGUGCUCCCAAGUUUGGAGAAGUCCAUCGAUUCUUUUCGCGGCUCUCAUCGCGACAGCUUCUGGGGUCGCGGCUCCCAGAAGCUCCUCAUCCUCAUUCCACUUAACGCCAACAUAUCGCACAAGCUGGAGGACGAAGACGGCAACAUCCAGUUCUACGACAGCCUCCCGAACAGCGAGCUGGACAGGGCCGGGGUCCGGGGCCGCGUCUACAAGCACAGCGUCUACAGGGUGAAGGACAAGCGCGGGAAGGCCCAUGACUGCGCUGUGGAGUAUGCGACCCCUCUGUUGACUCUGUACCGCAUGUCCCAGGAGAGAAGCGCAGGUUUUGGGGCGUCUGAGCGCAGGCAGCAGGUCCUUCUCUUCUACCGGACCCUGAGGGACGUCCUGGACCAGUCUCUGGAGUGCCGCAACCGCUACAGACUCAUCCUGAUCAAAGAUGAGCACGAGGACGACCCUAACUUCUUGUCCAACACUAUCCUGCGGCAUCUGGAGCAGCAGAACAAAGAGGAGUUCUGUCUGAACGGAGCGCCGCAGCAGGAGACCAACAAACCCGUGGAGGUGGAGGACUGGCACAACUCUGAACCAAUGAGCCGAGAGCCCACGCUGAUGAUCAGCCUAGACAGGCCUCAGCCUCUGAGAGGGCCCGUCGAGGACACAGACAGCUUCAGAGCAACUUAAACUGAAGCCCACGGACUGAGGAACACACACACACACACACACACACACCACUGCACUGCCUUUCCCCACAGACUAGUUCCUGGAUUUCGGUCAACACUCAUUGGAGAGCUUAAAGCAGUCUGACUUGUCAUUAUCAACCUGUCUUGUGUUGCUGUUGCGUGAGUUUCCUGCUUACGAAAUUCAUAAUCUGGAUCUUAAAACAAACAGACUUUGAAUCGGCGAAGCUGUUUACUGUGUCUUUCUUUAUUUCCCCCCCAAAAUGUGUUAAAUCAAUUAAAGCAAGCCCACAGCAUCAUGGACCCUCCGUUUACUGCAGAACUCGCUUCACUUGGGUCCAAAGAAUAAAACUAACUUCCUCUGUCCGUAUGAUUCAUCCCACAGAGAUGAAUCAUAUUUAUUUAGGUGCAUUUUAGUGUUGGCCUCUCAUCACUAAAACUAUUAUUUUCAAAUGUAUUAUUAAUCCUGUUGAACAUGCUCUGUGCUAGAGGCGUGCUACACGCAAUAUUUUGGUAUUGAUCCAGUACGAAGUCAAACCUGAGCCAGUAUUGCCAAUACUGAUACCGAUACUUGAUUAUUUAAGCUUGAUACAUCACCAAACGCAAGACUUUUAGGCGUUGUGGUUUUUUUCUGUAACUUAUUUUAUUCAAACGUAGGUUAGAAUUUGGACAAAGUUUACAGGUGUAUAAAUGUAUAAAUGAUCAACAGAAAAAGAAAACAAAUCUCUGUAUUUCUUACAGCAAAAAAAAAAACAAUUAUUCUGCAACCUGUAUUCAGAAAACCAGUCAUGUUGUGAAAACUGGAACAUUUUACUUGAAGAAGUGAAAAAAUAUAUCUUUUGUUUGUGUAAACUCGUUCUUUCAAAGAAAUCUUAUUUAGUCGGUUUUAAUAAAUGAAUAAAGAGCAGAUUUUGGUGCACCAAAGUUCACUUUUGAGGAGAAGUUAUGGGGUAAAUGUGAUCCUGUCUAAAUGAAAUUAAAGAAAAUGUAAAAAGUGUGGUUAUUAAAAAACAAAUACUUUCUUGUACUGAACAUUUUUCAACUGUAAGAUUUGAACUUGCCUGUAAUAUUUUUGCCCCAACUAAAAAUACAAAAAGUCUCCAUCUCCUUCCACCUCCUGUGCUUCUUG